AUGGAUUGGUUUUCAUGGCUUUCAAAAACAAGCCUUGAUCCAUCUCUUGUAUAUGAGUAUGCACUUAUCUUAGCUCACAACGAGCUCGAAGAAGAAGACAUGUUUUACUUCAACCAUGAGUUUCUCCAAAGCAUGGGAAUCUCUAUAGCCAAACACAGACUAGAAAUUCUCAAGCUUGCUAUAAAAGACAAGAGAAAGUUCCCACACACAGUUGCAAAGUUUGUGGCUGCAAUCAAAAGGACAAAGAAGUACUUAGCAAACUAUGUUAGGACUUUGACUCAUACUGAAGAAUCAGCAGCACUUGUGGUGAUGCCAAAAACAAGGUCUAGUGGUGGAUUAGGGAGAAGAUGGAAGAGUGGAAUUAUGAAGAGGAACAAAAAAUAUGUGGUGGCUAAAAAAGAGAAACUGUUUCUCACAAAUGGUAUAGUUCCUGUUCCUGCUUUGUCUGGUGAUCUUGAUGGUUAUGCUAGUCCUGUUGUGUAUCAUUUCCAAAAGGAGCAAAAGAUCGACGGCGGUAGCGAUGGUGGUGGCGAUGGAUAUUGGUCUGCUGCUGUUGAAGAGAUUAAGUGGGAUACCAUGUUUAAGGAUCUAAAGCCAAACUAA